AUGGUGUCAGAUGGCGCAAAAAUAGUUUAGUUAUUCAGAAUUUCAACGUAGAGGCACCUCAUACAUUCACGUAAAUUGUUUUUUGGAGCCAUAACUUAUUGAACUUAUCCGGUUAUUAUACUCCGAUAAAUUCCAACCUAUUUUCCCUUGCAGAAGUGUUUCCAUCCUCCAGAACUUGAAAGUUCUGUUUACAAAAGAAUAUCCAGACGACACAAAGUCAGAUGACAACUCACGAAACAUCUCGAAUUUGGGCAAUUUCGAGUUAUCCUAAGAAUACCUCGUAAAAAGAAUCAUGGCAACUAAAAGUUGUACAGUUUAAUGUAAACUGUUACAAUUUGUUCAUACUGUUAGGGACGAAGUGUUUCUGUGGCAUUGUUUAUGUAUCUCACUCAGCGUCUAUUGUAUAUCUAUAGUUCUUCUUGAAAUAGAAUUGCUACAGUAUUUAAUAAUGGCUCGAUACUCCAGCGAUUCAGACUCAGAUCGCAGUGGCAGGUAUCGGAAAAGGCAUUCUAGAAGAUCGAGAUCAAGCAGUUCCGACUCUAGUGAUAGUUCGUCAUAUAAAAGGAGAUCGUCAAAACACUCAAAGGGCAGACGCCGACAUCGAUCACGCUCCAGAAGUAGAGAUAGAUCAUCUAGAGGUUAUAAAUCGUCACAAGGUACUUCUCGACGAUAUCGGUCACGAAAGUCUAGAUCAUUUUCACCAGAACAUAUUAAGAAAAAAGUCAGAUCUACAUCAAGGGAAAAAUCAGGCAGCUGUUCCAGUAAUUCACAGUCUAAUGUAAAGUCUCUUAUAUGCGAUAAGAUACAAAAAGAUGAAUUCUCCAUCGAACCUAGAAUUAAAGAAAGUGUACUAGACGAAAUCAAUUCAGAAGGAUUUAUUCAGAGGCCAUUCUCAUCGUCGGCACAGGAUGAGCAGAGCAAGUUUCGGAAUAUCGUUAUAGAUAUUUCUACAGAAACGAUCAGAGUACCUCCUGUGAACAAUACAUCUAUUCUUGUGGAUAGUAUAUUUCACACAUCGAUAAUGGUCGACCAUGAUGCAAGAUUUGAUAAAUGGGUGAAAAAAUUAUACACUCUUAGACAAAAAGCUAUCACAGAAUUAAUACACACAAAUGUCUCUUGAUGCUUCAGUUUUCUAGUUAAUGUGUAUUUAUCCUAAUAAAUUGUUUUAUAUAGAACGUAAAAUUGGCUCUGUACAAAAAUUGACAUUAAAUUACACAUUCGACACAGUGU